CAAUCAGAAACGCGUUAACACAGGAACUUCCUGCUCCGGACAGAGGAGCCUGCAAGCUAUUUCUUUGUCAGCUGGUCCCUGCGACUCUACGUCAACUAUUCAACAAGACAACAACACGUUAACAUGGGCCAUUAAUUACCAACAGCGAGGUUUAAAAAUGAGUGAACCGAGGAGUCGGACUGUACAGCACGAAGCUGAUAAACUUUAACCAACAGUCAGCCUUAACCGCGUUUUCCAGCGCUGUUGGCAAGCCUCAUGAAAGGGAGUUUUUAUUGUCCUAGCUUGCUGGCUAACGUUAGCUAUUUGUCUGGUGAGUUACCGACAUGGCUACUAGAGAGAUGUCUUUACGGCAGAAUUACCGUCGCCCACCGGCGAGCAUUAAGCAGGAGCAGGAGGACGACUCGGACCCGGAGGAGGCUCACCUGGGGCUGAGGAGGUCAGACGGGCUGGAGUCUCAGAUCAUCCACAGUGGACACUUCAUGGUGUCUUCGCCUCACAGCGAGCACCCCCCGAAGAAAGGCUACGACUUCGACACUGUCAACAAGCAGACCUGUCAGACUUAUCAUUUUGGCAAGGCGAGCAUGUCGCACCUCUCCAUAGACGCUUCACUUACCAAACUCUUUGAGUGUAUGACUCUUGCGUACAGUGGUAAGUUGGUAUCUCCCAAAUGGAAGAACUUCAAAGGUUUAAAACUGCUUUGGAGAGACAAGAUCCGCCUCAACAACGCCAUAUGGAGAGCCUGGUAUAUGCAGUAUGUGGAGAAAAGGGAGAAUCCUGUUUGUCACUUUGUGACUCCCCUGGAUGGAAAUAUAGACAUGGAUGUCCAUCGUCCUGCAGAGGCCACUGCUACAGAUGGGAAAUGCUGGAAAAGAAGAAUUGAAAUUGUCAUAAGAGAAUACCACAAAUGGAGAACAUACUUUAAGAAAAGGUUACAGAAGCACAAGGAUGAAGACCUCUCAAGCUUGCUUAAGGGACCAGAGGAGCAGCUAUCGCUGUUUGGGGAAGUCUCUCCAGACAUGCUCCGUGUCUCCUUUUAUCAGGAUGAAGAGACUGCAGCACGCCGUGUGUCUCGUAAGCAUAAUGAAACACCUGCCCCUAUGGAGAUGGACCCCCUCUUUGACAUGGAUGUUCUGAUGUCUGAGUUUUCAGACACAUUAUUCUCUACGUUGGCCUCACACCAGCCUAUAGCCUGGCCCAAUCCAAGGGAGAUUGCUCAUGCAGGGAAUGCAGACAUGAUCCAACCAGGACUCAUCCCCUUACAACCCAACCUGGACUUCAUGGACUCUUUUGAUCCUCUGCAAGGUAACUUAUUUCACAGCCUCCGUCAGACCGCCUUCCCCUCUGUUUCCCCCACUGCAUCAUCUGUCACCCCUCUACUCAGCAGCAGCUCUCAGUCACAGGCCCAGUUAAUGUCCUCCAUGCAACUCACAAGCAACCACAUCUCCCCUCCUGGCCCCCUGCCCAUCUCCUCUCCCAUGACCAGUCAAAUCAGCCAGACUGGUGCUGGUGGUGGUGAUGCUGCCUAUGCACAAAACUACAUGCCUCUGUUUCCUGGGCAGGCGGCGCCCAGUGAUCAAGCGGUAGUUUCCUCAGUCUCUCAGCCGUUAUCCCACGAUCCUCUUGCACAGUGCCUUCCAGGUCAGGACAUGGCCUCUGCCACACCCAUGGUUCCCUCGUCCUUGGACAACACCUUAGUGCUGGGUGAGACUGUAGUGCCAUCUGUGAUUACACACACAGCCUCCUCUACUGUCACAUCCAGUGAAGCAGCCACCACCUUCAGCCACGGCUCAGAGUAUAGCGCCAUAUCCACACAACCUCCACCUCCUCCGUCUCAACUCCAACCAUUGGCUCCAUUGCCUGCCACUUCUGUCCAGCACCCUCAGACUUUUGCCCUGCCUCGCCCCUUUCAGUCAUCCAGUGCCAGCAAAAACCGCCCCGUGCAAAGGAUUGCUCCUGCUAACGCCCUCCCCCCCUCCCACCUCAUCCUCACAGCCCCUUUCCCAGGUCAUGCCAAUGCUGUGAUUGUUACACCGACACCUCUAAAAACAGAUGUGGUCCAGAGAGGGACGCGGAAGUCUCCCCAGCCGAUUGUCCCCAAAGACAAGUCGUAUUCUUCCAGCCGCAAAAAUCAGAAAGCCUCCUCUAGUGUCGUUCACAGUCAGCCAGGAUCAGAUCAAGGAUCACCAUGUGGGUUAGAUCAAGUUCCUAGUCCCCAGUCACUGAUCAGCGGCAGCAGUACACCUCUGGUAAAGAAUGAACGAAAUCAGAGCCGGAGGACAACACACAUAUCUGCUGAGCAAAAGAGACGAUCAAACAUAAACAUUGGCUUCAAAACACUCUGCAACGUGAUUCCCACUCUAAAGUCACAAUCAAAUAUCAGUUAUGCAGUCACAUUAACGAAGACAGUGGAGCACAUUGGGAAGCUCCAGCAGGAGAGGCAGCAGAUGCAGGAAGAGAUCAAGAGACUGCGAGAGGAGAUAGAGGAGCUCAACACCUCCAUUAACAUUUGUCAGGAGCAGCUACCUGCAACAGGGGCACCCAUCAGGCGGCAUCGCUUCGACCACAUGCAAGAGAAGUUCAAUGAAUACGUAAAGAACCGCACUCUUCAGAACUGGAAGUUCUGGAUUUUCAGCAUCAUUAUCAAGCCUCUCUUUGAGUCAUUCAAUGGGAUGGUGUCAACUACAAGCAGAGCAGAGCUGUGUCAGACCACAUUGCAAUGGCUCGAUCGUCACUGCCCCCUUCCAGUGCUCAGACCCAUGGUGCUGAGUACCCUUCGCCAGCUGAGCACAAGCACAUCCAUUCUUAGUGAUCCAUCCCUGCUGCCUGAAGAAGCCAUCCAGGCAGUAACACACACAGAUGUGUAGCAUUGCUCUCAGAGGAGGUGAGGUGACCCAAAAACCACCUGAACCUCUCUAACAGCAAUCAUCAAAAUGACAUAUCACUAGUUUACCUUAUAGCCAUUCUGUAAGGUCACCACGUCUUCCACAGAUCCACAACUUUCCUGAAAAAUACAUGAAAUGAUAAAUAUAAGCUAGAUCUGGCUUACUUUUACUCUGUAUGUACGAUGGUCAUACAUUUGUCCUGUUGUACAUUGAUUCUUCCUUUGACAUCGCAUUUUAACAGAAAAUAAAAACAUUUUAUUUGAAUGACAGCAAUUACUACUGCCUUCACCUACUUUAGGUGAAGAUUUUCUAAAUACUUUACUGGAAGGUGGUACUUUCUGAACAACAACAUAUAUUUAAAUUACUUUUAUAAUGUAAAAACACAACAUUGUGUUAAAAAGGGAACUACUGAGUGAUUGUUCAUUUUGUGUUCUGUAUAAAGUGUAUGGAUAUGAUGCUUUUUUCACAAAGAGAUGUGAUGAAUGUGGGGGGGGGUUUAGGACUAGCUGGCAGUAUAGUUUGUGGUGUUUUUUUAUUUGUUUGUUUUUUGUUUUGUUUUUUUGAUGGCCCUGAAACCUCCCAGAAAGGCUUCACACCAGAAGGUGGGGGAUCGCCUGAAACAUGGUCAAGUUGAUCACUCGUCUGUGCUUAAUUAGUACAAGAAAGAUGAGAACCUUAUUGUCUUUUCCAUCCCUCAUUUACUCAGGUGAACGUUAUUUUGCCAGUUAACAAUAAUGGUUUCCUGGUGGUUUUCCGUCCAUGCUGAACAUCUUCCUUCAUACUUUGCUUGCUCUGCCCAUUUCCAGUGAGUUCAACUGCAAAUUGUACAAGAAAGCAGUCGUCUUAGAUACAGUAUGUAACAUACAUAGGUUUCUACUGGGCAGGUCACAGCACAAUGGAGCUAUGUUAAUUACAGCCCUCAUAGGGAGCAUAACUGAAAUAGCAGUACAUAUAUAUAUACCAUUCACAUGUACAGUGUUACACGAUCUUAGCUUGAAUGCACAGCAGCUGUAGGGGUCUUUUCAGUUCUUUGUUGGUCACUCAGGGCUACGCUGGUCAGCAUUAUUUUCCAUUCAGCUAUGAACAAAUCAAGUCAGAAUCCUCAGCAGGAAAACACGUCCUCUGUAAGGGUACGAGUUACAUCACAUAGUUUGAUUUACUGAUGUUUUCUUCUGCUCAUAGUUAUUUUAAUUUAUGUGUGUUAAUGACAGACACAGGAGAAAACAAUCAGUCUGUCAUGUUAAAAGACACAGCAAACAGAAACAAACCAAAAGCCAUAUCAGAGUAGUUUACCCAUCCAUUCAGUUCUUUUUUUUUUUUUGUGUUACAAAAAACACAUUUGACAGUGCACUCUGUUGACUGCUUGAGAAUUAGACACUGUGCAUGUUUAGUCAACAUGUCUGAUGUACAUCAGCCUUAAGGUUAAAUAAAGUGCCCUUACACGUGAUUAGACUUAGCACUCCUCAGGCAAACAGUCAUUUUGUGACUUGUGUUUUUACUUUCUUUUCUGCAGAACAACUGAGUUUACGGAGUUUUAUGGUAGCAAAAGGCACCACUGAUAGUUCUUAUAUGAUGAAUGUGCAGCUUUUUGUGUGCAGUUUUUUAUUGUGGAUUGCUGACUUCUUUUUUUGGGAGAUUUUACUUUUCUACAAGAUAGAAAUAAUGUAUCUGUCGAUGUACAGGCUACUCAAUUUACAGUAAGACAGGGAAAGCAGUCAUCAAAAUUCAACACACAGUGUACACUGUUGCCUAGUGAAAUCAAAUAGGCCUAUUUUUAAGUCACGUGUAAUGUUUAGUGGCUACAUUUAUCCAAAAUGACUUAUUACUACUAUAAGAAAAUGAAAAUGCACCUCCGAAUGCAGCUGUGGUUGUCAUGAUUGUGGAUGAAAAUUUAUUUUUUUGGCUUUUGUUUUUUUCCCCCUUCAAACUGAGACUCAGAUUAUUUAAUUUAUGACAGAAAGCCCCAAUGUUCCACUGCAGCUGGACAUUUGUGUGGUGAUUUUAUUGUUGUUUUUUUCUCUUGUCCUAUGAUUUUAAAAUGUUUGUCAUACCAGGUUGGAUUUCCAACUUCUGUUUGCUGUUUCUAUGAGGGGGUUUUGUACCGGAUGAUGUACAGUAUAUCAGUUGGUCAAGUUGGUUCUCCCCAAAUUUAGUAUUGUAAUUCAUUUGUUUGAAGAAGUAAAGAUAUUUUCUUAUGCUGCAUCUGAGUGGGUUUUUUUGUUGUCUUUCAAAUUUCCCAAAUGUGUUCAUGCACCAAGUUUUAAGAUGCCUUAAAUGAUUCUGAAUCACAAUAAAAGCAACAAAAAUGAAA